CCGCCCACUCCGUUCCCUCAACCAGACACGGGAGGAUUUCAAGUCACGACAAAGGAGCAUAUCGAGCCUAGCAGGACCAACCAAGGCAAAAUGGCGGCACCCCACCAGCCGCAGCUCGUCUUUGUUGACGGCAGCUUUGAGGAGCUAGCCCAGGAGAUGGCCGAUUUCCUCAACGUCGGCGACGAUGUCAAGGCUCUGAUCGAAAAGAGCCAGAAGGAUGAAGUACUCAAGAAGCUCAUCAUCGCCUCUCCAGCCCUACAUUCUAUUCCCGAGAAGGAGUUCGCUGGCGCAUAUAACCUCCUCGUCUACCUAAUUCUCCAGAGCGACAAUGCCGACAAACUCCUUCCCCGAGUCUGUGACAAUCUCUCAAAACCAAUAACUUCGUCCCCUAUGAAUGGCCCCGGCUUGGCUCUCAACACACUCACCACUAUUUUCAACAUGCUGAAGCCCGAUGAUGACCUCCGAUUCAACGUCUUCAUGGCCAUCUUGCGAUUCCUCAAGGUCCACGGAAUGUUCGAGAACCUGAAGCCAUACCUGAAGAGUCUUGACGACUGGAUGGCCGAGUGGGAGACUGAUCCGGAAGACCAGCGUCAGGCAUACGAGGCCAUUGCGGAGACGGCUCGUGACGCUGGUGAUGCUUCUACCUCCUACCAAUAUAUCCUUAAAGCGUUGCGGAACUUUGGGGAUGCCGAAGUCAAGUCUGAGGCCGCCCAAAAGAUAGCUCUACGUGCCCUGAAGACGGCACUUCUCUCACCAACGCAAUACGACUUCCAAGACCUACUUAAUGUACCUUGUGUCCAAGCGCUUUCCGAGACUCACCCUGUCUACUUUGAGCUGUUGACGGUAUUUGCCGAAAAGGAUUUGGAAGACUUCAAUCAGUUUAGAGAAGAGCAUGAAGGAUUUAUUGAGAAGGAACAUUUGGAUCUAGAAAAGCUACAGACGAAGAUGCGGCUACUGACAUUCACGUCUCUUGCUGCCCGGUCGCAAACACGCGAAAUUCCCUAUGACGAGAUUGCCGAGGCACUACAGAUCUCGAAGGAGGUGGUCGAAUUAUGGAUAAUCGACGUUAUUCGUGCGCAAUUAGUCGAAGGGAGGAUGUCGCAGCAAAAGAAAGUUUUCUUAGUUCACCGAACAACAUACAGAGUCUUUGGCGAGAAGCAAUGGCGCCAACUAGGAGACCUUGUAGACACAUGGAGAGAUACCCUACAAAAGGUGGCAGCCACAUUGCGUAAGGAGCAAGCAGGGCUUGAAGCUCAGAAGAAGCGCGAUUUGGAGGAGGCUGAGCGGAAGCUGGCAAACACCAGCGUCUCUGGGCCGGGAGACCGGCGACGAGGUGACAGGGGAGACCGUGGCGAUCGGAAUGAACGGGCGCCUCGUAAGGAGCGAACCGACGAUGACGACUAGAUGACUUGUUCUUUUCUCUUCGCCUUUUUCGGUUAUCGGCUCUCAGUCGAUUGCAUACCUAGGGAAGGUCAUUUCGGCGUAUGGUAUGGCGAUGCGGAAAAGGCUUUGUUGUAAUGAAUUAUGCGAGUUUGAAUUUUUGGCAUCCGGGGCUUCAACUGAGGUAUUUAAUACCGUAUAUCUCCCCAUUCUCCAUUUGACGAAAAGCCGGGAUUAUAAAGUAGAAGGUUACUUACAUACCGGUUCGUCUUGGCCGUUGA